CAGGCCCAUCUCUUUCGUACCAAACUACCAACGCAAUGAAAAAGAUAACGUAAUAUCCGGUUGCACCGCCAUUUUUUGAAUUUUCUCUAAUUCUUACAAGAUUAACUCGUUGCUCAUAAGUAAGGGCUCCCGAACACGGGCGACAACCACAAAACCCCGCUACUGGCAUAUUUUUCUUUAGAUUUCAUACAUUUUAUAUGGACUCGCCGUACACUGUUACCGCCGGAGGCCGCCACACGCUACAAUCGUCGCUGCUCGCUUUAUAUGGCCCGCACCGGCCACUAAACGCCGCAGCACGCCGCUCGCGCGAUUAUGAUACUGCAUGUAUGGGUUAAAAAGUAGCAGCCACCGACCACAAGUGGCUGUUGCGCGCUUCAGUUACAUGUUGCAGUGCAUGCAGUGAUGAGGCUGAGACACGAUGCAAAUUGUUUAGCUUAAACUUAAAGGAUUUACGUCAGGCUCGAAGGUGCUUUAACUCAGAGCCGUAAAGCCAAAUUAACAAAAAAAAAAACAUGUUACGACGGACGAUCAUAGACAAUUAGAAAUAAGACAUAAAAAAAGACCGGGAAAAUUUACAUUCUCCAUUUUUUUGCGGUGCGUGAUAAUUUACUUACUGCGAUUAGAAAUGUCGUCCUUUAAAAAAUCCUUAAAAUCCAAAUGUUCUGAAGAUAUUUAUAAUCCUCAAGACAUUGAUGACUCGCCCCCCAAAAUUCAAAAACUAAAACGUGAUGCUGAAGAAAAAGAAUUUCAUAACUUGUCCGAAACACAGUUAACUCUUGCUAAGAAGCAAAAAAUUUGUCAAAGCGAUUAUGACUUAUGUGGGGAAUCGUCUCAAAAACUAUUAAAUGUAAUGACUCGCCAACUUAAAGUCAGGAAACAAAUUGAUGAUGAUGUGCUGAUGAAACUAGGAGAGGUUAUUACAUCAGCGAAAACCGAUCACGACGUCCUCAAAAACGACGUUCAGAAAUUCGUCCAACUGUCGGGAUGUCUCACGAAAUGCUUGCAGCAGUCUGCCGAGGCUUACAAGGAAAAGCUCAUAGCGAUCGAUGCCGUUGUUGCAUCGUUUCAAAAAACAUUUAAGGAUUUGGAUGCAGAGCAUAGGAUCCAAGCGGAAAUGUUGGCAAGCGAGCUUGAAGAGAACACUAAAAAGUUGAAGCAGAAAUUAAUAUCAGAUACUAAACGCAUCCAAUGGGAGAACUUGCAGAAAAACUUCUUCCAGUCCUUGCCAGAACAUUAUUUAGACGAUUAAUUAUUUUCCAACUUAAUUUAUUUUAUUACACUUAUUAAUUAAUUUAAGUACAAAUUAAUUAUAAAUUUAAUUACUUAUUAAUUAAUUUCUUGUUAAUUUACAUUACACAGCUUAUUGUUCUUUUGUUGCCUUAAUGUCUGCGAUUUCUUAUAAAGUAAAAUAAAAAAUUAAAGUAUUUAAGUACCUACGCUUAAAUUAGAUUAAUUAAAAUAGAAAAUCGAUACAUAAUUUAUAAAUGUAAUAAAUAUUUUUUCUUGAAACUGAUAAUAGUUUCAAACCAACCAGUGAUUUUAAUAAAAUUGCAUUGAUUAAUUUAAUGUCUUUUUAUUUUUACAUCGAAAUAAGUUUUAGAACCAACUGGUCCUUCUUAUACUGAACUUGCUACAAUAAGCAUUACACGCAAGUCACAUUAAAAUCGGUUCAGCCGUUCCAGAGAUUAGCCCAAACCGAUACAACAGUAAAGGUCCUCUGGGCUAUCACGGCUCGUGAUAUAGAUAAACCUAAACCGAACCAAUAGUUUCAACUCAACGCUUGUCAGUUGGUUUGUUACACCUGGAAGAGUAUUCAGGUAUUUUACCACAGAAUCGAAUGCCGGAAAAGUGGCUUAAUUGCGAAUUUUGGCAACCCGCACAUAAUGUUUGGCUUUUAAUUAAUCAAAUAUCAAUUAAAUGUCGAGAGUGCUAGACGCUUGCCUAGAAAGGCUUGCUUUUACUUGUCUUUAUCGGGGUCAUAUUUCGGCGUAAUUGAAGGCAAGCGUAAGUAAGCCUCAUGUCUGUCUUUAAUAUAGAACCGGUGAGAAAAAGCUUGCUUUAGUUCCCUUGAAUCGUACCUAACCAAAAAAGCGAAUAAACUUUUUACUGAUAAGCCAAUCCUUAUAAUAGUAGGGGAGCCGGGGAUGCUAAAUUUGCAGUUACUAAGGCGUCAUGGGAAUCGAUUAGAUUUGGUAGAUUAGAUGAUAGAAAUAAUAAAUGGUUAUAUACUUAUUCGCUUUCAGCGGUGGGGAAAAAAACUACAGACUCUAAAGACAAUUUUUAUUACUUUGUCUUACUGAAAUCAUCAAAAAACAUGAGCGAUUAUUCAGGAGAUUAUUUCAUUCAAAAUAAGUAAAAAAUUAACUGCUCUCGUGGUUCGUUAACAGAAAUAUAAGGGUUUUAUUUGUAACUUUGGAACCCUCCCUUUCUAUUACGUGACGCUCAAAUUGUCAAAUUUUAAAAAUGCACACCUGUUAGCUAUCUACUCACCUACCUUAUCUUAAAUGUAUCUCUGAAGUUAGUUUUUUUAUUGUUGCCCUAAACGUACCCAUCAAUAUUGAGAGCUCAUACUUGGUGGACGUAUUCAACAACGUGCAAGGUAUAGUCCCGUAUGUUCAUCUGCCGCGCUCGAGUAACUGCAAAAAUCCCCUCUUCGGCUCCCUUACUAUAACAGUCGGUGAUUGGAAUUCUUAAUUUAAUUUUUCG